GUUCGAUUCGUCUCGUCGAAAUUCAUAGACUCGCUCGUUCGAGUCAGUCGACGCUGAAGCGUUGCAUGUUCGAGAUGUGCCGUUUCUCUCGUCGCGAACGGUUUUAGCAUCGAGUGGUAUGUCGAGAGGAAAAUAAUCGACCAAAGGAGAAAGAAAUUCUUCGACGCUCCUCGAUUCUUUUUACAAAACAAAUGUCAUUUGUUUGAAAAACUUUUUACUUUCUUUCAAGACUACCGUUGAGAUCUGUGCCAAUGAUCGAUGGAAAGAAAAUCGAAAUAUAACUGAAUUAAUGGAAUUCGAUGAAAACGAAGAUCCAUGAUCCUAGCAUCAAUUAAUCGUCAUCGCGAUCAAUUAAUCGUCGUUGGAAGAGUGAGAAAAUCUUCGUUUUUUGUGAAUAAAAGAGUUCUACGAUCUCCAAAAACGAUUAUCGAUCGUAUCGUUGAUCCCUCGUUUGAUUCGGAAGAUACUCCUGCAAAAGUAAAGAGAGCAAACAAGAUUCGGACGUUUGAUAAGAGAAUCGGAGAAGUAAGAAAAUGACAAGUGUAACAGCGAUUUCCUUCACCGGUAAAUAAGACGUAAAGAUGGCGUCUCGAAGUGACGCCUGCGCUAUCGGCUAUAAAAGACCUUCGGCCCAACCAUUUUUAGGAGAAAUGAAGGAACACUCGGCUUCUUCGAAAGUCGAAAGAGACAAGGAUCCGCCUCAAAGAUCGUAUAGCAGCGCUGCCAGUUUGAUGUCGAUCGGCGCGGAUAUAUCUCCUAGUUCUUCCCAUUUUUUCGAGGUACUCUACGUCGGUAAGAUCAGAGUCUCCCAUCCAAAGGUAUCCGAAUCCUUCAUCGACGAUGCCCUCCUCAGAUUUCGCUCUCAUGGUCUCGAAAAAUCAAAGUCCUCUGCGGGUGCUUUACUCUCCGAGUAUCAACAAAUCCAACGGCAAGCUCUUCUUUCUACCAAUAGGAGGAACAGUACGGAAUCGAGUGCCAGCGAAACGGGCAGCGUAGAAAAUGUAUCUAGACAUGGUUCGGUGGCAACGUUAGCGAUCGCGGCGAUGGCUGCUUCUUCUUCCUCGAGAUCAGAAGACAAUAGUAACGGUAGUCAGGGCGGAACAUCUUCAACGAGUAUUGACAAUAAUAGCGGAGCUAAUAUACAGGUGCCCGUAGUUAUGAGAAAUCGUGCUGGUUCGAUGGGCAACGUCUUAACAGGCAGAAGAGAUUCCAGUCCAAAGACCGGCGACGAGCAUAAUCGAACUAUGCUAUUUCAGGUGGGUAGAGCCGAUUUGAGAUUGAUCAGUCCCGACAGGAAGCAGGUUUUGCUUCACAAACAAAUCAAAGACGUGGCGAGUUGCGUGCAGGGUGCAAAGAAUUCCGAACACUUUGGAUUCAUCUGUAGGGAAGCAACGAUAGAAAGUUUCGUUGGUUAUAUAUUCAAAUGUCAAUCCGAAUCCGUUGCCGACGAUCUGGUUGCAGCCAUCACCCAAGCAUUCGUUGCAACCUGCGAUGGUACGAGAAAGGAGAGAUACCCUGUAUUCUCUUGCGAACACUGUCCCAUGUUUUGGUAUAAUAAAUUGUGUCAAGAGAUAGAAGGUCAAAACGAUCGACGAACUCAAAACAUAAUAUUCUCUCGAAUGGAGCAAUUGCCGGAAGACGAGCAGGAGAUCGUUGUGAACAAAUACAAAGGUGCAGAGGCAAUCGGAGGAGGAUCCGGUGCGGGUUCGAGUUUGCGCGAACAAAACCAAUUUCUCAUUAGAUUAUUACGUGCUCAUUGCGAGGCCAAACAAGCCAGGCACGUUCACGAUACAGCUGAAAAUAGAAGCGAAUUUUUGAAUCAGUAUCUCAGUGUAGGCGUUGGCAGUACGAUAUUCAUGAAAGCAAAACGCUCUCUGACUAAUAGUUUCGAUAAUCUUAUGAAACGGAAGGGUUCGCGAGAAGACUUUGGACUCGUUUCGCACGCGAAGGACUCUAAUCAUCUCAAUACCGCGUUACAAAAGAGUGGCAGCCAGAGUCCCGAUAAUUCGCGUCAAUCGUCGAUAGGCGAGUCAUCGACUGAAACGUCUGGCAGACCGAGAUCGUUGCGAGUAUCUCCGGAACAACAGUUAUCGGUGAACACGGGACCACGAAGUUCCAUGAUGGAUAUCUUCUUAAAAGUGGGAAAUUCGCCGAAAAUGUCGCCCACGGAAUGCGAUGGAAAUACCGAAAUGCAUUCCAAUGGUUCGUGGAGACAGGCGAUAUUGCACAGAGUGGUAACACCGAAUAAAGAACACGAUAAGAAGAAUGGAAAAUCUGAGAAUUCUGAUGCCAAUGAGACACCUCGCGCUGUUGCUACGCACAGAACGAGAGAGGAACUCAGAGAUCUAUGGAAGAAAGCGAUUAAUCAGCAAGUGAUACUGAUACGAAUGGAAAAAGAGAAUGCAAGACUUAAAGAACGUCAAGAGGAAGCAACGGUGAAAAGAAUCAAAUUGGAGUACGAUGAAAUCAGCAGCUGUGCUCGCGAACUCAUCGAAGUAUGGGAUUUGCUCGUUAGCAAGGAAUCCCGCGUUUCUACGAAGUGCGACAAUCAAAUGCUUUUACAUGCCAUUAAGCAAGGUGUACCUAAAGGGAAAAGGGGCGAAGUCUGGCAAUUCUUAGCGGAACAAUUUUGUUUGAAACAACCGCCCAUAGAUACUCACGAUUUUCCAAACUACAAUACGUCUUACGAUUUGUUACUGAAGCAACUCACGUCCCAGCAACAUGCUAUUCUCAUCGACUUGGGACGUACAUUUCCGAAUCAUCAGUAUUUCAGUUCUCCCUUAGGACCCGGCCAAUUGGCACUUUUCAAUUUGUUGAAAGCUUAUUCUCUCCUGGAUCACGAAGUUGGCUACUGCCAGGGUCUCAGUUUUGUGGCUGGUGUUCUUCUUUUACACAUGGUGGAAGAUCAGGCUUUUUUUCUCUUACGACAUCUGAUGUUUCGGAGAGGCCUGAGAAAACUCUACCUUCCAGAUAUGGCAGCAUUACAAUUGCACUUAUACCAACUAUCAAGAUUACUGCACGAUAGACUACCGGCACUUUAUGAUCAUUUUGACAAGCACGAAGUGUCACCAACUUUGUAUGCAGCACCGUGGUUGUUGACCUUGUUUGCCAGUCAGUUUCCAUUAGGUUUUGUAACUAGAGUCUUUGAUUUACUUUUUCUCGAAAGUUCAGAGAUAAUAUUUCGAGUAGCCGUGGCAUUAUUGGAGGAGCAUCAGGAUCAGUUGCUUUGCUGUGACAGUUUCGAAGAAAUUAUGGAAUAUCUUAAAACCCGUGUACCAGCUGUAGAUAAAGACACUUUGGAUCGUGUAAUGAAACGUGUAUUCUAUCCGGAUAUGGAAGUUUCGAAGCAAUUGAAUGAAUAUAGAGUGGAAUACCAAGUGCUACAAGAAGAGAUGCUAUCGGUAAAACCACAGAUCGAAAGUUUAGAGAAAUUCAAGUCGGUUAACAAACAACUGAUGAAACAAGUCUCUCAAUUGAACGAACAGCUCGAGAUAACAAUGAACAACUUGCAACGUUUGGAAAUGGCACGAUCUAUGCAACAAACGGUGGUGAAUAAAUUGGAAUCUCAGAAUCGUAGCCUCGAAGUUACAGUCGCGACUUUAGGUACUUUUAUUCAACACUUGACCGAAACGCGAGACGAUCUAGAUUUACCAGGUGAAAUACGUAGAAUCGUUUCUCAAAUUAACAUUGUCGACAAGCGAAGAAACAUGAGCAAAAUAUAUCCUCUGAAGAUAUUGGAAGAUAACAGUAAGCAAGGGCUCAUUAAAAGCAAUUCGGGUGGUAGAGAUUCACAAAAUUUCUUACGAAAUAGUAACGUGAUCGAUCCUCCCUAUCCUUUGAAAUCUACGUUGAGCCAACCAAACCUGGCAACUAAGUUGGAAAGGGUAUCUUCUUUCUUUUCGAAUUCGCACAAUCAUAUACAAAAGCAACGUGCACAAUUGGCGGCCCUUAGAAACGAGUACACCGAUCAAAAUAUACGAAGCAACAACAAUGAUGAAAAUGAUCCAAAGACGGUCAAUAUAGACAUACAAAUCACGGAUGCAAUGACGUCGCAGGACGAUAACGUCGAACAAAGUGAUAAUCAUUUGAAGAUUCAGUCGAUUAAUUUAGAAAAAUCUAUCUCGUUACCGCUGUCGAACGCGAAACUAAAGUUGAAGCCCUCCAAGUCGGCGUAUGAGUUAGGCUCCGUUAAAAUAGUGCCAACUAGCAAGAUCGAAGUUACCAAUGAAGAUUCUUUGACAAACUUGACAGGGACCGUGCAUCCUUUGGAUACUUGUAGCGAUGUCAAUUUUCGAUACGGUGGAACCACAAAAUUAAAGUCUAUCAAACCAGUUAGAUUAUCUAGUCCGAGCGGUCAAGGAGAUAACGUAAAUAAGAAUACUCAAAACCAAAAUACUGAAGCUUUAAAUAGAUAACACUUACUUAUGUUAUUAUGUUUGCAAAGAAAAAUGGAAAUACGUUCAAGAAGAAAGGAUACGCAUGAUGGAACAGCAUUGAAUAUUCAAAGAUGUAGGAAUCACUGAAAAAAUAACUUUCUUACGGUCUAGACGUUUGCAACGAUCUUUAAUUCCUUAUUCAAUCUGUAUUUUCCCCCUUCCCUCCUUUCCCUUCCUCUCCUUAAGCUAGGUUAAUAGGUGUGUACUGAGAGAUGAAGGAUUUCUAUUACUAACGUAUACGUAUAGUGUAUAGUAAUCGCAAGUAAAUCUCUAGGAACACAGAAGUGUAUUCAGUUUCAAUAGAAUUUGUAAUCACUUGAUACCAACGAAUCAUAAUGAAUGUUGUACAGAUAAUUAUUGACACGUAUCUCUGUACUAUAAUAUAUACGUAUAUUUGCUAUGUGUACAUACGUGAAGUAUGCGUUUCAACAACUUUGCGUAACACGAUGUGUCGUCCUAUAUACAGAUCUCAAAAGGAUGCCAAUGAAAUAAAAAUAUCAUACAUGGAGCUAUUUCUUGCCUUAUAAAAUCACCGAUUUUGGGCACAAAUUUCCAUAAAUAGUAUGCACUGUGUGCAUAAUUACUGUUACCAAAUUAACUGAAAGAAAUAUAAACUAUAAGUUACCCGGAAUAUAUCUGUAUAUAUAGAUCAACAUGAUAUAAGUAUCAGAUGUAUAAAAUAUUUGCACUUGUUAUUGAAUUGUUAUAAAGAAACAAAAAAAAAUUAUGCCAAAUACUUUAAGAUGUAAGCGAAAAGUGAUAUUGACAUAGAUAAUAUUUGUAUUAACUGUGUGUAUAUUCUACAUACUUAUUAGUGAAGAUUUAUAGUGAGCGUGUGUGAGAGAAAGAGAGAUAGAGAGCGAGAGAGAGAGAGAGAAAGAUACGUAUAGGUGUAUAGAUAUAAUUCAUUUUUCAACAUAUAUAUUGUAGAUUCGUGUAACAAUGAAGUAUUACUAUUAUUACUUUUGCACAAAGCAUGCCUUGCGAUAUCAGGGAUCUUUGUAUUAACGUUGUAUUAUUACUGUUAAUACAGAUACAUAAUAAUAUAAA